AUGGCGCUAAGUUCGAGGAAGAUUAAAGAAUCAUCCUCAAAGAAGAGAUGCGAGAUAAUGGGGCCUUUUUCUAUUAGGUGUCAAUUGGAGGGUGCUAUUAUUGGAAGAUGUGUUUUCAAGUACAAAUCAGCGUUCUGCAGGUUAUUGAAUAGUCCUAAAACUCUGUUUGGUGCUGGUUUCAAUUAUGUGCAGUGGUUACCAUCUAUCUCGCUAUUGCUGUCGAUUUCCAUAAGCUUCUGGAUUGAAAAGUCAGCAACACAUCUUCCAUUCGUAAUAUUUGGAACUUAUACGAGCUGGAUUUAUCUAAGAUUCUGGCAGAGGAAACCAGAAACAAAACUCAAGGGUGAUCCAAGUGAAGAUUUUGCAUUUUCUACAUUCUUCCCUGAACUUGUGAGACCAGUCAUUGAUCCUGUUGCAUCUAUAUUCCAUCGGAUGCUCUGUGGAAGAUCUGAAGCUUCCAAUGAAUCCCAAGGUUAUACCCUGGGCGGUUCCUCAUUGCCUGGAUCUGACCCCAUUGAAGCAUCUAGAAGAAGAGAAAGAGGUGCUCGAGCACUCGAGGAAAGAUUGGCAGCUGAGAGGUUGGCUGCAGCACACGGUACCGAAGAGUCUGGAAGAGAUGCCGCAGAGAACGUUUAAUUGCUUGGCGACUCUAGUAUCAGUUUCUAUCAAUCAACCACCCAAAUGUGUCAUUUCCGUUGCAACUUCAGAGGUUCCGUGUUAUUUGAAGGGAAGGCUUUUCUCCUUUUUUUUCUCUGUUCCCGCUCUCUGUGAAUUCUCGAAGAUCCUUAAGCUGUGCAUUUUUCUGUGGACAAUGUUACUUUGCACAAUGAUUAAUGUGUGUUGUUGCUCAAAAUACGUAGAGUAGAAAUUCUUAAAGAGGCAUCCAUAUCCUUGAAACAGUAGGGGGCCAUUUUCUCAUGUUGUACAAAUACAUCUUUUAGCACAUAUACGUUGGUAUAACUUGUGUUUGAUCUCAA